AUGCCUUUUAAAUUUACGUUGUCCCUUGAGGGCUUCGAAAAGGUCAUUGCAAUUGUUUUGAAGCGCCCUAAAAACCAAGGACGCACACAACACAACUUAACAACCGCCGACCAUGAGGGCGAUAGCUCUAUCCCUACAGACAUUUCUAAUCCCGUUCCUGCAACAAUGCUCUCUUCGAAUUCUUCGCCAGUGCAUCCGGUUUCUGCAAGCAGUAAACCAGGUUUCGAAGAACCCCCCACAGGCUUUCCUUCCGCAGUGUACCCUUGGGUCGCAUCCCCUGUCCACGUGAAGCUCUCGACAUCGCUCAGGUAG